GCAUGUACGGAGUAGAAGAAACUCCUGGUUCUUGUUUUCUGAGGAACAGGAGACAGGAAAACAAUGGAGAGUUUCCCUUUUAACUAUAAUCAUAUCCAGGAACAGGUAUAUGUUAUGGUGACUGACCUGACCUGACCUGACCCUUGACCUUGUCCAGGAUUUCCUUGGCCUGUUAACCCGCCUUGUUUGGUUUCUGUUAUUCCCCAGACAAUACGUAGUAAUGUUAUCAUUAUUGAUUAAGUUGGAAAUAUCUCUCUAUCUUUUGUUUUUAUCUAUUUUAUCUCUAAUAAAUAAUAAUCUCUGCACUCCACAUAUAAUAGUCAGUACAUUUCACAAGGAAGAAAAGAUCAUACAUACCAUACACCUGCUGUCAACUGGGCCUCUACUACGUAGAUGUUAGAGAGAUUAUAACUACACAACUAUGUAUUUAACUGCCAGCCAGCCCUCCUGAGAAAUAAAUACCGAGCCCGUUGGAGAGAACCAACAGAAACCGCAGAAACCGCAGAAUACAGGAUACAAAUAAAUACAGGAUACACCUGAACACGCUUGCCCGCCGAUUACUUUACUCCUUGCUGCAACAACAUCCAUAGCAACAUUCCCAACCCGCGCGCCCAAACACCGUCCGUCCCCUAAUAACAAUAACACCACUAUAUAUAAUAAAAAAUAAUAAACAAUCCUGAUCCCGGGCUCUGACUGACUUCCUCAUACCUACCUGGUCUCGUCCUAUUUCCUCAUCUCCUCCGUAUCCCUCUCUUCCCUCUCCCCCCGCCCCCCUCUCUCCAUCCUCCAUCCACCUAUCUAUCUAUCUACCUUACCCAUCCCCACCAACCAUGUCGCUCAAAGCCGUCUACGAGCGGUUCUUGGCCGAUCCAACGGCCGCGUCUCUCUCCGCCGAUGCUGCGCUACACUACAUAUCCACCACGACCACUUUCUCCCACCCAGAACCCAUCGUCAAACAUCUCAUCACCCAGUCCCGCGCUCUCAGGAAGAAAACAGAGAAGAUCGUCCACGCAGUCGAGGGUGCCCGUUCGCUAUGCUUGGACGUCGAGACUUCGCUGGAGUUUAUAUCUGGGGGAGGGGCCUAUCUGCUGGAGCUGGAUGAUAAUUUCCUUGUCGAUCGCGUCGUCACGGUGCCAAUAGUCCACAUCGUCCAUUUUAAUAGCAACGAUAGGAUUACACAAAUCCGACUGUACUGGGACCAAGGAGCGCUUCUCAAGCAGCUUGAGGUCAUCGACGCGGACAGCCGCAAUUGGCCAAUCCGCUACACUACUGAACAGUCGCGUCUCGUCAACUCCUCCAUCUCCGCUGCGGCCAAAAGCUCCACUUCCAUUUCGUCGCCGGCGUCUCUGCCAGAAAAGCGAUCGAUUACUACUGCCGCGUCAAACGCGUCAUUUGGAUCAAUCUCGUCCCCCAGCAAGAGAAUCACCAAAGAUCCGCAUACUUCAUUGUCGCUUUUCGAACCCCGUUCUCCUCCACCGGAAGAACGGCCCGUGUCAGGCGCUUCGCGCGGGUCUGCCAAACCUCCUCCUCGCGAUUUAGGUGAAUUGUUUGUUGGGUCCGAUGCUGAGUCCACACCUACGAGAAAAUUCUCGCGGCCUGUAAGGAAUGAUGACGUUAUCGCGUCCAAAGGAGGGGGGGGAGAUAUGUAUAGGCCAUCGCGGUUGUUUGUGGAUGAAGAUGAAGGGAAACGAGUAGAGCAAGAGGAUAAAAAAACAGUAGUUAAGAAAACUCACUCAUCGAAAUACAGCCAUUUCGAGUUCGGAGAGACUCCUCAUCCUAGACCCACGACGAAACCACAGGCCCCAGGCCACUUUGAAUUUGGCGAGGCUGAACCACCCAAACUGAGGCAAGAAAAACCAAGGCAGGAGAAUCAUUUUGAGUUGGGCGAAGCGGACCAGAAGAGUGUACAGAACAACCUCCCUAUCCGCCCCCACGCAAAGAAACACCUGUCCCAGUGGGAUUUCGAGGACUUUGCCACUCCUGAAAAACCGCGACAGAAACUCCAGCCGCAGAACGUGCGACAUUUCGGCUGGAGCGACGAUGAGGGGGAUGCUGCAGAUAGUCCACCUAAGCAACGUCGAGCCCCGCAACCACGGCGCGAUGCAGAAACGCAUUUUGAGCUCCGUGACGAUGAAGCGCCUAACGCACGCGAGCUGAACCAGCCGAUCAAUCCCAGGGGCAACGCACAUAACAAAGGCCUGGGUCUGUACGAAAAUAAUAUCUUCGAGGACGCCGAUGCACCUAUCGCCAACAAGAAACAGCAACAACAAGGACAGGGGCAACAGGGGCAGGCGCCCUUCAAGGUCCCCGGCGCUGCACAUAACAAAGGUCUAGGCCUGUAUCAAAACAACAUCUACGGAGAUUCAGACACGCGCGUCCCAGGCCCCGGUAGCGGUGCUGCUGAGGGUGGUACUGAUGAGGCACCGGUGCGACCUGCGUCUAACAUUUCUGCAAAUGCCGCUCAUCGGCGUAAGGAUUUUGAUAGCCAUUGGACGAUGGUGGACGGUGGUGCGGAUGAUUCGAAUUCUAUGGAGAAAGGGGGGGAGAAGAAGGUGAAUAAUGAUAACGAUAAUACAAAUAAUGAUCAUGAUAGUAAUGGCAGCGGUGAUGCCAAUGGGAAGAAGAGCGAUGAGAAUGGGAAUCCACCCGCAAAUGAUGAUGGUGGUGGUCAGAAGAAGGCUGUGAAGCCGAUCGAUUCGAGCUCGGAUGCGUUUGUGGCGGAGGAGGCGGAGGUAGAGAAGAAGGUGAAGGCCAAGCCAGCGUCGUCUGUGGGUUCAGACGUGGGUGAGAAGAGGAUCAGUCGGAGUGUUCAUCAGAGGAAUUGGAGCUUUGGAGAUGAUGAAGGGUUUUAGUAUGAGAGUUUCUCAAUGAGAUUGUGAAAAGAGAGAGAGAGAGAGAGAGAGCAAGAGACAGAGUCUGUAUUAAGUGAGUUGAUUGAUUGAUUGAUUGAUAUAUUAUUCUCAUUCUCUCUCUCUCUGUGCUUUUAUAUUGAUAUUGUAAGAUUGAUUUUACCUCUUCUUUUCUCUUUUUUUUUUCUAACUAUUAUAACAUUUUUUUCUCUUUUUUUCUACAUUUUCAAUUAUAUUUUUUCUUCUUCUAACGUGAUCAAUCACUCAAUGCCUGGUUACACUCAACGCCUGCUUAAUCUUCAUUUUUUCAUUCAUUUUCAAACACUUACAACAUGCACAAUGAAACAGUUAUACAAAUAACAAUUGAUGAU